AAGCUGAACAGUUUGCCGCAAAUAUGAAUUCCAAAGCAUUGAAUGCCAUAUUCAAUGGAGUUGAUAUCAAUCAAUUCAAAAUCAUCUCAGCAUGUGAGUGUGCCAAAGAAGCAUGGGAAAAAUUACAAACAGCUUAUGAGGGAACAACCUCUGUUCGAUUAUCAAAACUUCAGAUGCUCGCUACUCGCUUUGAGGAUCUUCGAAUGGAAGAGAAUGAAACCGUAAGCGAUUUUAAUUCGAAACUAUGCGAUAUCGCGAAUGAAGCUCAUGGGCUUGGUGAAACCUAUCCUGAAGUCAAGCUUGUUCGUAAAGUGUUGAGAUCAAUGCCAGACCGAUUCGCAUACAAGGUCACAGCUAUUGAGGAAGCAAGUGAUGUGGACUCAUUGCGACUUGAAGAUCUGAUGGGAAAUUUGCAGACCUUUGAGAACAAGUUGAACAUCAGCAAAAUAGAUAAAGAAAGAAAAAUUGCUCUACAAACAGUCGCUGUUACAACUUCAUCAGUGCCCCCAGUUCCCAUGACAGCACUCGAAGUCGAGCUAACAAAAUCCAUGUCUCUAAUAGCUAAAAACUUCGGAAAACUCGUGGAUAUGAAUGGACAUCCUACAAGUUUUGAAAGAAAACCCGUAAGUCCUACAAAUAAGCAAGAAGUGAGGAAGGGGAUUCGAUGUAGAGAAUGUCGCGGCUAUGGUCAUAUUCAAGCUGAAUGUGCAAACACUCUAAAGAAGCAAGGAAAAUCACUUGCCACAACCUGGAGUGACAAUAACUCUGAAUCUGAUGAUGACAGUGAAGCAAGUGAUGUGAAACAAGUAUUGACUUCUGUGGUACAUGCAGGGUUACUGGUGCGACACAAAAUGAUAUCACAUGCACUGAGCCGUCACACCUUAGGAUCACUAAAGUAACACAGGAUGAUGUCUCAUGCACUGAGCCGCCACACCUCAGGUAUGCUACUCGUAAUCUCGAAAAUCAUAGAAACUUAAACACAAUUUUUUUGCCCACAGGAGAAGAAGAUUCAGAGGAUGAUGAAGAAUGCUCCAUUGAGAUGAUUCAACAGCAACUGGAUGAUCUUCUAAAGCAAUGUCAUGAGGUUGGUGAUGAAAACAAGCGUUUGAAGGAGAAAGUAAAGGAACUGGAAGAGGAGAAUGAAGCAGUUAAAGUCAACCUGAAGGCCAAAAUCGAUGAGCUUGAAUUGGAAAAUGAGACAAGGCAGAUCAAGAAAAAUCCUCCUCCAAUGAGAAAUGCUGAACCCUGCCUCAACCUGAAGUGUGACAACUCUCCUGUCGCAACAACGUUAGAGGCAUCAGUCAGUAAGUUAAAUCGCACUACGAUUCUUCCUUCAAACAGGUUAGAUGAAAUUUUAAAUGCUCAUCCCUCAAAUCCUGAUAAACUUGGUCUUGGCUAUAUUGGGAGUAAGUUCGAUGGUAAACCUAAUCCAAAUCGAAAAAUUAAUUUUGUGAAUAAUACUGUCAAACCUACUCCACAACAUGUUGCCUCACAGUCUUAUACAAAAAAGUUUGUGCCAACUUGUCAUUUCUGUCACAAAGUAGGACAUGUUAGG